AUGGCUGUUAAAGCAAUCACCGAUGAAGCUCACUUCCAAACCGAACUAGCCGCAGCAGGAGGAAAAUGUGCCGAAACGGUGUCGUCCCAGAGCGUGUCGGCCAUGUCAACGUUCAUUUUCUACCGAGCCAGAACAAAGAUUGACUGGAUGCAGGGUGCAGACAUUAAUGGACUUGAAGCCAAAAUACAAAAACAUUACGUCGCCUGCGUGGAUGAAUCUGGAGAAGAUUACGGUCAUAUAAUGUUGGACUUGAACACCUUCAUCCAGAAGAACCAGUGCGAAUGUUUGAACGAACCGGACGACCACCCGGUGAAUGCGCUCAGUUCCAGCGGUGGUCAUCUGGCGUCCGAUUGUGACGAACAGCUGAUCAUUUCGAUUACCUUCAAUCAGGUGGUCAAGAUCCGUACCAUCAAGUUCAAGAAUCUUCAUCAAUUAACCAAGGACCAUCGAUUUCGAUAUGGUCGAGUCGCAAGUUUCGAUGCAGGAUCUGGUACUGGAGCAGAAGGAUCUUGUGUCGAGAUCGCCGAUUCCGCUUCACUUCGUCAAAUUUCAGAACGUGCAGAAUAUGUAGCUGUUCGUGAAGGAUAA